CUGAAAUUCUCAUGUGACUAAGCUCCUGAGAUUCUGUUGUGUUAGAGCUCCUGGGAGUCAAGAUUUCUCUGGGUGUUAUAGGUGUGGGUGGGAAGCCAGAGCCCUGGGUCUGCUCUGGGCACAGUUGCAAGCUGGAAGGAACCCAUGCCCCCUGGGUCCUGGGGGUUCCAGUUAUUCCAGGUGUUGGGGCAGGUGUUUUGGCCUCUCCUGUGAUCCUGAGCAUCUCACAGCACCUAGGAUUCAGUCUCUGGGUGUUGGAGGAGUGGGUGCAGAGCCAGUACCCAAGGUCUGCUCCAGGAGCAGGUUCAAAUAAGAAGGAACAUGUGCCACUGGCUAGGCAGGGGUUCCUACAUCCCUGUGAUCCUGGGCUUGCUAGAGCAUCUGGGAGUCCAGCUUCCUCUGGGUGUUGUGGGAGUGAGUACAGAAUCAGUAUCCCAGAUCUGCUUCAGAAGAAGAGAGAAAAGACAGCAUGAGGAGGGACAAUGAGAGCACUGUGUCUGAGUUCAUCCUCCUGGGCCUUCCCAUUCCAGUAGAGGACCAAGCUGCAUACUCUGCCCUGUUCUUUGCCGUGUACUUGACAACUGUGCUGGGGAACCUGCUCAUCAUCCUGCUCAUCAGGCUGGAUUCUCACCUUCACACCCCCAUGUACUUCUUCCUCAGUCAUUUGGCCUUCACAGACAUCUCUUUCUCAUCAGUUACAGCUCCAAAGAUGCUCAUGAAUAUGCUGACAAAUAGUCACUCCAUCUCAUAUACUGGGUGCAUUUCCCAGGUUUAUUUUUUCUUAUUUUUUGGAAGCAUUGACAGCUUUCUUUUGACCUCCAUGGCCUAUGACAGAUAUGUGGCCAUAUGCCACCCUCUGCACUACACUAGGAUCAUGAAUCAGAACCUCUGUGUCCUAUUAGUAAUUGUGUCCUGGAUCUUGUCUAAUGCCUGUGGCCUUGUACAUACCCUUCUCUUGACUCGUCUAUCUCAUUUUAGAGAUAAUACAAUCCCCCACUACUUCUGUGAUCUCUCUGCCUUGCUGAAGCUGUCCAGCUCAGACACCACCAUCAAUGAACUGGUCAUCCUUCCUGUAGGUACGGUGGUCAUUACCGUGCCAUUCAUAUGCAUUUUGGUCUCUUAUGGUCACAUUGGAGUCACCAUCCUGAAAACUCCCUCCAUCAAGGGAAUCUGCAAAGCCUUGUCUACAUGUGGUUCUCAUCUCUGUGUAGUUUCUUUGUACUAUGGAGCCAUUAUUGGCCUUUACCUGGUCCCUUCAUAUAAUAACACUAAUGACAAGGAUGCCAUUGUGGCUGUGAUGUAUAGCCUGGUCACACCCAUGCUGAAUCCCUUUAUCUAUAGUCUGAGAAAUCGAGAUAUGAAAGGAGCGCUGAGAAAUAUCCUCAGCAGAACAAAAUGAAGCAACUUCUGCUUUCCAUUAGCAAGCUAGGACUCCUUCUUGAUUGGCAUGCAUAAUAUUAUCUCUCUGAGUGGGCAUUUUUCUAGUACAUUUUAAUAUGAUAUUCUUGCUAAUAUCUGGGUGUUAUUCUCACCUCUAUUUAAUUUUCUCAAUCCUGAUCAUCUUUGGAAAGAGUUUUUCCAACAUAGAUACACAAAAGUCAUCUCUAUAUUUUCCUUUGCACAUGAUAUCUUUUCACAGUUUAAAAUUUAAUGUCAGACAUUGUUUUAAUUGAAUAGCUUAUGUUUUUGGAGCAAAAAUAUUUAUCUCUUUUUCAGUAUAAGAAAAAUUCUUUGCAUAGGCUUGUUUUCAUGUUUUAAAAUUUUUGAGAGGCAAUGUCUCUCUAUGUAGCUCUAGAUGUUCAUGAGUUUGCUAUGUAGACCAUGGUUACCUUGAACCUAUAGUGAUCUGCUUGCCUCUACCUCCUGAGUGCUGGAAUUAAUGGCAUAAAACACUAUGCCCUUAUUGACUUCAUUUUUUAUGGUUUCAUUUAGUAAUACUUUGAAAUUUCUGCUGGUAAUAAUUAGAUACUCUACCUCAGACACACCACCAAUGAACUGGUUAUGUUCCCUGCAAGUUAGGGUCUAUCAGCCUGUUAUUCAUAUGCAUUUUGGCAUCUUAUAUACACAUUAGAGUCACCAUCCUGAGUGCUCCAUCUGUCCUUGGACUUUUCCAACCUCUUGCUUGUAAUACGCUUUUCAUUUAAAUUGACAAAUGAAGUUAAAAUCUCUAUGAUAAGAAAUGUUUCUAUGCAUACAUGUGCUGUACAAUGCACAAAUGAGUGGGACUAUUUCCUAAAUGUUUUUCCUAUUUUGUGGUAUAAAUACUCAGAGUUCUUUCCUGUACUACUUUUGUACUAUACACUGCAUCAUUAUCAACCCUUGUCUGCCUACUAUGCAGUCAACACCAUAGUUUCUUCCUUCGUUCAAAUUUCACGUACAUACCAACUUUUCCUUCUUCCCACAUCGUUUGCUUAUCACUUUGGAAUUUGUUCUUUAUUGUUCAAUUUUUGCAACACAUUCUUAGGUUGAUAUUAGCUAUGCAGUUACCUUCUUUUUUCUUCCAAACUCAAUGGUCCCUUGAUAUCAGGUGGACUAAAUGGGUACAGGUUCAAUGUGGUGGACAGGGCUUUGGAAACUUCUUUGUUUAGGAAGAUAAAGGGUAUGUGAAAUAUAGAAAUGAGAAAAUAGAGUUUAGGCUGGUCUUUUAUAUGGUGCUGUAAUUAUUUGUAAUCAGUCUGUUCUCUUUAGAGGUUGGGUGCCCAAGGCUGUGGACUGGAGAAUGGGUAUACAGAGCAUUCAGGAAUAGAGGCAAUCUGGACAGAGCUUAAACAGUUUUGUAGCUUAAUUUAAGGUAGCUAAGAGCUGCAGGCAGUUAGUGGCUUCUGGUAGAAGAAUUAUCUGUCUUCUACUGGGAGCAGAUCCCAAUAAGUUAUCCAAUUCCAAAUGGUCAGCCCUAAACACAUGCACAUAUGAGGAAUACCACACAAACCAUCAGCCAGCCAGCCAGUUAACCACGCACACACACAAAGUCACUAAAUAGGAUAUCUACAUCUAUACCUAUAUCUAUUAUUUGUCUGUCUGUCUCUCUAUCUGUCUAUCUCUUUACCUAUCUAUCUAUCCAUCAUAUAUAUACAUAUAUAUGUAUAUUUAAUUAAUAUGUAUUGAACGAUGAGGUUAUGCAUUUGAGUGGGGAAGAUGAGAUGGGGAAGAGUAGAAAGGAAGAAGAAGGAAGGUGUGAAAAUGAUGUAAAUACAAUGCUCAUAUGAAAAUCUGAAAAAGUUAAAUGAGAAAAUUUAAUCCAAAUACACUGUGUUCUAAAAUGAAAUAAGCUACACACUUAAUUUCACAAAUAAAUUGUCUUCUAUUUCCAUCUGAAAUGAUGAACCUGUGUUUUUGAUUUUGGAAAACCUCUUCUGCUCAGAAAAAGGUAUUUAACUUCACCAAUAAUAGCCAAUUAAUCUGACAGAUAUUAUUAUAUCUAGGGAUUAUAAUAAAGAAAGAGAUUCAAGUAGAGAGAACUCAGUGAUUCUGCUGAUACUCAAGAAAUUUUAGUGGAUGUGCUUCUCAGACAAUUGUGUUUAAACUUGUGUCCUUAGACUGGUAUACCAACUGGAAACUUUUGAAAUCUGAGUAAUAUUUUUUUGUUACUGAAAUUUUAAUUCAUACUUAUAAAAACUGAGGUAACUUCGAAGAAAAAUAAUAUACACAUAGCAUUCACAAUUAAAAUAUAUGUGCAUAUAUUUUGUAUUAUAUGUAUUCAUAUAUAUAUAUGGCAUUUGAAUUAAUACUAUUAAAAUAUUCAUUUAAAAUCACUAGGCAUAAAUUAUAGAAAGCAAUACUCUUUUCUUUCUUUCUUCUUUCUUCCUUUCUUUCUUCCUUCCUUCCUUCCUUCCUUUCUUUCUUUCUUUCUUUCUUUCUUUCUUUCUUUCUUUCUUUCUUUCUUUCUUUCUUUCUUUCUUUCUUUGAUUGUUCCACAUCCCA